UUAUUUAACUCUGAAGGCCCACAAUUGGCCGUUUGAUUAGAUUUUAUUUUAGGAAUUUUUUUUCCUUCUUUACCUCAUUAGAAAAUAAAAAGAAAAAUCUCUGCUGGAAUCAAAAUCUGUCCUUUUUUUCUCUGCUUCUAACGAUUCGCUUUCCGGAAAUUCAAAGCCCUAUACUAUUUGCCUGGACCACAAUUGGCUUUGAACACUCUGUCAUUCAGUAGACUAUGGAACAAGAAAAUAACAAAAAUGAAGCUGAUGACAAUACUGCAGAAGACUUGACAAAAUCACAGUCAUCUGAAGAGAAAGGUCCAAAUCUACUGAGGGCCAAAUCGGAAAUUGCAAAGUCAAUGGCCAAGAAUUUCUUGAAGACAAGAAAGGCCACUGGUACUUCUGAGGUUCAGAGGAGAAAGAAAAAGAAGAAAAACAAGAGUGUUUCAGAGGGAAGUAAAGAAACUGGAGGGAAUGCUCAGAAGCUAAAUUUAAGGGAAGAAAACCAACAGAAUGCUAGCACCAGUACAGAGCAUGUAGAGAAGGGUCAGCGGAUCCCAGAGAACCAAGAUAAUACAUGUGCAUCAGAUAGCCAGGAAAAGAGAGGUAAGCCAAAUGACAAUACUAAGAAACGAAGAAGGGAAGAGAAGCCUGGUGUUUCAAAUAAAAAACGGAAGAAUGAAGAAAGGCAGAAAGGUAAGGAAAAGAUAAAACAAAAUGAGCAGAAGGAAAAGCACAAUAAUUCAGAGAAGAAUAAGAAUAAAGAAAUGCGCCAUGGUAAGGAAAAGAAACAGGAAAAUAAGAAGAAAGAAAAGAUUGAUGGUGUAAUAUUUAUGUGCAAUGCAAAGACCAAGCCAGAUUGUUUCCGAUACCGUGUAAUGGGUGUAUCAACGAGUAAAAAGGAUCUUGUGUUAGGUAUCAGACCAGGGCUUAAGCUUUUUCUCUAUGAUUAUGAUCUCAAGCUUAUGUAUGGGAUUUAUAAGGCAUCUUCUUCUGGUGGCAUGAAACUUGAGCCUAAGGCUUUUGGUGGGGCUUUUCCUGCUCAGGUGCGGUUCAGUGUCCAAGCUGAUUGUUUUCCUCUGGCAGAGAGCAUUUUCAAGAAGGCAAUCAAGGAAAAUUAUAAUGAACAGCACAAAUUCAAAACUGAACUUACUGCUAGACAAGUUCGGAAGCUCACAGAACUUUUCCGACCAGUUGCAGUUCAUUCAACUGCACUGCCUGCCAUCUCCCCAUCAAGGGCAGGGGGUCGAAUCCCUGUACACCAUGAAAAUAGGGAGGCUUACGAUAGAGCAAGGGAAGCAAGGCCUCCUUCAGAUAGAGAAGCAUCUGCUAGAGACCCUUAUGCCAAUGCCAAUGCUAGAAGAUAUGCUGCUUUAUCUCAUGAGAGGAAUCAGCAAUUUGGAUAUGGAGAGUUGGUAUUUUCUCAGAGAGAGGACAUUCGUCAUGAUUUAUACCUGAGUGAGAAGGAAUACAGGGCUUAUGGUCUUCAGGGAGAGAGAAGAAACUUGACUCUUCAGCAUCAUGUCGCUCCUACAUCAGUGUCUUACCGGAGAGAUUAUGGGGAGCAGCUUCUAAGACAAUCAGACACUGUAUAUGGAGAAUCUGUGCCUAUGCAGAGAGAUAUAAUUCGCUCUGAUCCUCCUUAUUUGACUGAGAGAGAGUAUCGGACUUAUGAUUUGGGUGCUACACAAGAUAUGCAAUCAACAGUUUCUGCAGCAACAACUACAAAUACAUCACUAGCUGCUGCUUCUAUUUUGGACUCCUAUGCUAUGGAUUCAUAUUAUAGUCGUUAUUAUGGUGUUCCAUUGGUGGACUCUUACCUGCCACGUCCAAGAGGAGAGGCAAACCUGAUUGGGACUGACCAUUUGAGGCGGAGAGAAAGCAAGCAAGUGGAUGAAUUGUAUCCCACAUAUGCUUCUAAUGCUUUAGCGGAUUAUAACCAGAAGCAUCGUCAUCAUCAAGUUGUUCAGCCUGAAGCUGUUUCUACGUCAGUUUCAUCCCGGUACUCUUUUCCUGGUGCCACUUUGUCUUAUCGCAUAUCUGUAUCACAAUCGGAUCCUCUCAAUUUGUCUGGAAAACCAACUGCAAAAUUGCUUCUUAAUAUUUAUGUUACUGAGUUCAACAUGCUUGAGAUAUUGUUUGAUCACCAAAUGCCAGUGUUUCACAGAGGAACUUGUGAUUCUGAUUUGGGCUUUUUAGUCUUAAAAUCCUUGGUUUUGUUGUUUGAACUUGACUCAAAAUCUAUUUAUGAUUGUUCCAACAUAUGUUUUGAUGGUUUCUCAUGCGGAAAAGAGUUGAGAACCGGUAGACAGACAGAUAUGGGACAGUGCUUGUCGGGUGAUGUGAGUGGAGGCCAGCAGGCCUCAGGUCACAUGUCAAUGCUUGAGGGAAAUGUAGGACGAAACGACACAGUUGAUUUCUUCUUCAGAUCUGGAGGUCAACAUUGUCCUUUCACAGGAAUUGAGGGCGACCCCAUAGCAGUUCUGUAUGCAAAGCGAAAAGAUGGGACACUCAAGGAACUUGGUCGCACAGAAGCUAUACUGAACAAUUUGAAUCCUGCUUGGGUUGAGAAGAUUCAUCUUACUUAUCAGUUUGAGAGAGUCCAAUCUUUAGUUUUUCAUGUAUAUGACGUGGAUACCGCAUAUCAUAAUGUACCGGUGAAGAUGCUAAAGUUGAAUGAUCUAGAAUUUUUGGGAGAAGCAAGUUGUGUUCUAUCUGAGAAACUGACCUAACGAAAUCAGACAUUAACUCUAAAUCUCCAAAGCAAACAUAGGCAUGGAGGUUCGAGAAACUUUGGGAUGCUCACUGUCCAUGCUGAAGAAACAGUUGCUUCUAGAACUAUAGUUGAGAUGGUAUUACGUUGUUCGCAUUUGGACAACAAGGACCUGUUUUCUAAGAGUGAAUGUACCUAUCAAUCUGCUGAUCCUUUCUUGAGAAUAUCAAAAAUAGUUGAAAGUGUAGGUUGUGUUCCCAUAUACAAGACAGAGGUGGUAAACAACGAUCUAAAUCCAGUUUGGAAGCCCUUAUGUCUUGCCAUGCAGCAUUAUGGAAGCAAGGAUAACCCGUUAAUUCUCGAGUGUUUUGAUUUUAACAGCAGCGGCAACCAUGUACUUAUUGGAAAAAUUCAGAAACCAGUUUCAGAGUUGGAAAAACUUCACAAAGAAAUAAGCAGUGCAAAUUUGGUUCUGUCAUCCCGUCAAGGUCAUGAUAAGGUUCUAAAGGGUCAGCUCUUUGUAGAUCAACUUAUUAAGAAGCCACGAUCCAGUUUUCUGGAUUAUAUAUCCAGUGGAUUCCAGCUAAAUUUCAUGGUUGCAGUUGACUUUACAUCAUCAAAUGGACUUCCUCGAAAUCCAACUUCUUUGCACUAUAUUGAUCCGUCAGGCAGAUUAAAUUCUUACCAGCAGGCUGUAAUGGAGGUUGGGGAGGUUAUACAAUUUUAUGAUUCUGACAAGCGCUUUCCUGCUUGGGGUUUUGGAGCGAAGACAUUUUUUAACACUAGUUCAUCACAUUGUUUUAACUUGGACAUAACCAAUGGCUAUCACGAGGUGAAAGGAGUUGAAGGCAUCAUGGCUGCUUAUGCUAGUGCUAUUCACAAUGUUACUCUGUCAGGACCUACCGUAUUUGGCCAAGUGAUCAACAGGGCUGCGCAACUUGCUAGGUUCUUAUAUGACAGCACAAAAUAUUUUGUCCUGCUCAUUUUAACUGAUGGAGUCCUAACUGAUAUUCAAGAAACAAAUGAUGCCGUGGUAAAGGCAACAGAUCUUCCUUUGUCUAUCCUCAUAGUAGGAGUGGGAGAUGCAGAUUUUAAACAAAUGGAGAUCCUGGAUGCCGAAGAUGGAUGCCCGUGGGUGAGUUCUAAAGGUCGAGUAGCAACUCGAGACAUUGCUCGAUUUGUUCCAAUGCGAGAAGUACAUGGAGGGCAGAUUUCUCUUGUUGAAGCUCUUCUGCCAGAGCUGCCUGAACAGUUUUUGACUUGCAUGCAAUCCAGAAAUAUUAAACCACAUGGUUUCAUUGCUUGAAAGGCAUUCUGUCACCCCAAACCUU